GAUGGCGGGCGGCACAGGCUGAGCGGAGCCGGGCGUCGGCUCGGCUUCAAUUUGGAAGCGCCGCAGCCUUCUCUCCCUCCUUGGAAAGUUGUCGGUGAGGAAGCCGGCGGUGAGGGGAUAAGGAGGGCAAGUGUCCACACAGGGGUUCCCUCGGCUCCACCCUGCCUGCCUGCCUGCCUGCCCGCCCCCACCGCUUCGCCGCCCUCGAGGAUAGCUGUAAAACAGCCGAUCUUUUAAAAGGGAAGGAAAAAAAAAAAAAAAGGCGGGGGCUGCUUGAUAGACAGGCAAGGAUCCAGGGCCGCGCUAGGAGUAGGCCUGCUGUAAUUAACAACCUGCGCUACCUUACGUUCAUAGUCCCAUUAAUGAAAGAACCAUGGUGCUAUGGAAAGGAAUUUAUUUUGUACUUGCGCUCUUUUUGGGAAGUUUUUUUGGAAGCAUCUUCAUGCUUGGUCCCCUACUGCCACUGAUGUCUAUUUCCCCAGCUUGGUAUCGCUGGCUUACUGAUCGUGUUGUGGCUACUUGGUUUACUCUUCCAGUGGCCCUGCUGGAGAUAGUGUUUGGGUCAAAAGUAGUCAUAACAGGUGAUGGAUUCAUCCCCGGAGAAAGAAGUGUCAUAAUCAUGAAUCAUCGAACACGAAUGGAUUGGAUGUUUUUAUGGAGUUGCUUGCUGAGAUAUAGCUACCUCCGACUUGAAAAAAUCUGCCUCAAAUCUAGUCUCAAAGUCAUUCCGGGAUUUGGUUGGGCCAUGCAGGUUGCUGCCUUCAUUUUCAUUCAGAGAAAUUGGGAAGAAGACAAACAUCAUUUUGGAAAUAUGCUGGAUUAUUUUUGUGAUAUCCAUGAACCUCUACAGCUUCUUAUCUUUCCUGAAGGAACUGAUCUCACAGAUGAAACUAAAGCCCGCAGUGAUACAUUUGCUGAAAAAAAUGGACUUCAGAAGUAUGAAUAUGUCUUGCACCCAAGAACUACAGGCUUCACUUUUAUAGUGGAUCGUUUAAGAGAUGGUAAUAACCUUGAUGCUGUUCAUGACAUAACAGUGGCAUAUCCUCAAAACAUUCCACAAACUGAGAAACAUCUUCUAUGUGGAAAUUUUCCCAAGGAAAUUCAUUUUCACGUCUGCAGAUACUCUGUAGAAUCCCUGCCAGCCUCUCGGGAAGACUUGCAACUUUGGUGUCAGAAGCGCUGGGAAGAAAAAGAAGAACGGCUGCGCCAGUUCUAUGAAGGCAAAAAAUACUUUGAUGUGUCAGGGAGAAGCAAAAUCCCACCCUGUAAAUCUGAGCUCAGGGUCUUGGUUGUUAAGUGCAUUUCCCUCUUGUACUGGACAUUUUUCACAAUCUCUGCGAUUGCACUGUUGUACAUGUAUAACUUUGUACGAUGGUAUUUUGUGGUUGUAGUUGUCAUUUUCUCUGUGCAAGAAAAGUUGUUUGGUGGACUUGAAUUGAUAGAACUUGCAUGUCAUCAAUUUUUUAAUAGACGCAGGUUAUCCAACGUAAACAGAUGUUAAAUUUAACUGGCGUGUGUACUGUUUGAAUGGGUGAUGUUUGUGAGCACUUUUCAGAUGUGCCAUAAACUUUUCAUAGUGGAAGGAGAUUUUGCAUGGGAAUUAAUUUUUCUUAAUGCUGUUUUGGUUAAUGCACUGUACUCUUCUUGUAAAGGACAAAAGUUCACAUUGAAUUUUUAAUUUUUGAAUGUAUCAAUGUUCCUCUUGCAGCUAGCCUCUGCAGCAUCGCUGGAAAAGCAUUUGCUGACUGAUCAAAGUUUAUAUCCACUGAAUUGUUUAAAUACGUAGCUCUAAAUUGCUGGGCAAAUUAGGGAGCUAAAAGUCAUGGACUGUGAUUCUUACAGUGCCUUGCUAUAAAUAAUGUGUGAGAUUUGAAAGUCCCAGUUUAUUACACAAUUAAUAGUUGACUAUCUUACAUUUCUCUACCUUUAUACCUUACAGAGAGUUUAAUGGCUGAUGCAAUUUUGUCAUCCAAAUCAACAAAUAUUUUGAUCUACUGAAAGAGAAAACAAAACCCAGGACCUAAAGUUGGAUGAAUGAAGAUAGUCUGUUUUGAACUAUUAAAACGUAUUAUAUUUGAGGGAGGGGUGGAAUCCAAAAGUCAAUAAGGCUUACCUCUAAGUAAAGGUGCUAGUAAAGGUAACUGAGCUGGACCCCACUGUCCUUUUGCAAGUCCUAAAUCAUCUUCAGGAUUCCAUUCCUGUGAAUUGUUUGUCAUAUGGUGAAAUCACAGUCCAUCUCCAUUUCAGGUUUAAGCUGCCCUGCAAACCUAACUGCUAAAUGCUCAGGCAAAACAAUGUAAAACUGGGGGAAGUAUUGAAAUUAAUUUUCCCAUGAUAUGAAAAUAGAAAUAAUGUUAAAAAUUGCCCCACUGGAUUAUUACUAUAAGAAACAUUAAGGUUUUUCUAUUAACGUUUGUCUCCUUUCCCAAAAUCUGAAUUAGGAGAAUACUUUUAGCAUGGAAACUAAAGGACACUUGUGAAAUCAGUCCAUGCUUGACCAUAAGCAACCCCCCGCCCCUCCAAGGCUUCUACUCCAUGUAAUGAAUUAUAUAUAUUUUUUUCAAAUUUCCUAACUGGACCCUUUUUUCUUUUUAUGGCUGAACAUCUUCCCUCCUGCUAUUUUUUAAUGGAAUUAAGGUAAAAAAAAGAUGGCUGCAGUUCACCCAUCUUUCACACUUAACACUACAGGCCAAGACAUUUCUCUGAAUGUUAAUAAUACCAGAGCUAUAAGCUAUAUGUUCAACAUGUUAAAUGUCAUGGCUACUUCCACAUCUUUUUCAACCCCUGUCGCCCCUACUGUAAAUUUUCACACAACCAUUUUAUAAAUAAAUUGUAUUAAGAGCUACUGGCAUAUGAAAGGUCUGUAAACUGGUCUUAGAUUAUCAAUGUUAUCGAAAUGUCAAUGUUUUAGCCAUAAAAAAUAUUUACUCUAGAGCAACAAUAAAGAAUUUAAAAUGCAAA